AUGUUCAAUCCUCAUGUAAGCGCUCGUUUGUCAUCAUCAUCAUCGGAAAGCGGUUCUACAAAGAAUCAAGUGAACGUGGUAUUGGUCCAUAUCAAUGGCCUCUCACAAGAUUGCUACAAGAAUGAGAAUACUUUUCAAAACUCAAUGAACCAAUUUUUGGAAGAGGCUGUAAAGAAAAAGACAAUUACUGAAAAUAUUAAUGCGAAUUCUGUUCAUUGUGAAUCAGAGGUGAAGGAUAUAUCAAACAUUAAUAAUGAAACGUCAAUAAUUACAAACUCUAUAACAAACAAUCAUGGAACGAUUAAACAUGACGCAGAGAUUAUUAUAUUUCCAGAAUUGAUUGGAGCUUGGCUAGUGGCUCUCAAUGAACAGCCAUUUAUAUUUUUAAUUCCAUCUCAAUUAAUAGCAAUGAUUUUUAUUGCAGCAGCUAAUAUUAUCCAAUUUAUGAGAUAUUUCAUAGUGGAAUGUUUUUCAUAUUUUAUUGACCUUAGACAUCUGACAAAUCUAUUUAGUUUUGUGACUUGGGAGGGACUGAUUUAUCGAAGCAUCUACAAGCUAAAGUCUCAAGCAAUGUUUGAGGUUUAUGACAAAACUUUUUCAGAGAUAGCUAAACAAAGAAGAGCUUAUGUGGUUGCCGGCAGUAUUUAUUUACCUAAAAUCGAGUACAACUCUAAAAUGAAGCGACUAACCAAUGACGGACUUUACAAUCAAUGUGUCGUGUAUGACCCGUUUGGAAAUAUUGCACACGUUAGCACAAAAUUAUUUCCUUCUGAGGACGAAUAUCAUCUAUUGACAAAACGUAACAAAAGUGUACACAUCAAUGCAAACAAUUUUUGUUUCAAUGCAAAAGGAUUGGGAAGAGUGUGUGUCCUAGUUGGAACCGAUUCUUGGUUAGAUGAAUGUUAUCCUUGGUCAUCCUAUAAUGACGACGUUAAAUUCAACGAUGACCAAGAUUUGAGCCGUGUUCCUCAGUUUAUCAUUGUUCCAGCUUUCUCAAGCCCCGCAGUGGACUGGAAUAGACCCUGGCAAGGAUAUCCUCACCAUUCAGUAGCCAUGACAGGAAGUAAUGUUCAAGAAUUUGCUGUCCACCAGAUUUCACCAACAUUAGGGGAGCUGUGGAAAGCUUGCCUUGCUCACCAAGCUCAACAAGCUCCAGAGAUGGCCUUCUCUCAAAAUAAUUCGACCACCAAGUCACCAUCAUCACCUUAUUUUGUUUCGUGCUUUUGUUGUGGAAAGUUAUGGAGCAAAGAUGUUUUUGGGGAAUCAUUCAUCAAACUCAAACAACACAAGAAUCUCAUCACCUGUCGAUCCUGUUUGAAUUUCUCUCUCGAGGUUCAUACAAGGGUCACUCUAUGA